AUGGCGGGCUAUAGUGGUCCUGGUAAUGGAUCGAAUCAAUUAAAUAUGCCUUGGGCCGUUUAUGUUGAUAAAAAUGAAUAUGUGUGUGUAGCGGAUACCGAUAAUUCUCGCAUUCAAAUGUGGGCAAAAGGUGCGACCCGUGGCGUAACAGUAGCUGAGAGACAUGACGAAGGUAUAAUCGUAGCGGGCACUGGUGUAGGAGGGUCGGCAGCAAAUCAAUUAAGUAGAUCACGUGGUUUCGUUAUCGAUCAACGCGAGACAAUCUACAUAGCCGAUUUAUGGAAUAGUCGAAUAAAAAAAUGGAAGAAAGGUGCAAGUGAAGGUAUCACUGUGGCAGGCGGGAACGGACAAGGUUUAGCUGCUAAUCAAAUGAAUAGUCCCUGGAAUGUUGAAGUUGAUCCGUAUGGUAACAUUUACAUUGCCGAUACUGACAAUAUUCGAGUUAUGAAAUGGGUUCCAGCUGCAACCGAAGGUAUGUGA